CGGAAUCACCGGAACACAAAAGCUAGUGAUCAGAAAGUAGCAAAACAAACAAGCAUCCAUUUACGCUCUCCGUUCCGAAACGCUGCAUUGGCCAGUGACCGGGCCGUAUAGUGCAAUAACAGGGCCAGUGAGAAUCCACCGCGUAGCAGUCGCCGCCGCUCCACUCUCCAAUCACCAUCGUGCGAUGGGCCAGCAGGUGUCGAGUCUACCGCAGAAGAUCCUGCCGUGCGAUACGGUGGACUCGCUGCAGUUCGAAAUCAAGAAGCAGGCGCAAAUAUUCUCCGAAAUCGGAAGCCUCACCUACGAGGACUUUCAGAAGUGUCUGGCCGAUCUCAACAGUUUAUCCCGCAAAUGCCUGGACCCGAACGGUAAGCAGCUGGUGUUUGCCGUCAAGAAGGGAACGGACAGUAGCGUCCUGUGGAAGGGUACGGUGCGCAUUGCCUGCGUCAAGGUCGAUCCCACCACCAAGAAGGUCGAGUGCUACAAGCUGCUGAACCUGAAGCAAUUUCUGCAGGUAUUCCGCACCUUCCAGACCAAUCUGCACGCGAUGGUGACCGUUGAGACGCAACGGAUUCGCACCCCUAACUCCAGCCCAACGCACUCCAGCUCCACGUCGACGACCGGGCGGAAUGGCAGUUCGUCCAGCGGAACCGGUUCGUUCGAACGGCCUGACAUCAGCCCGCAGACGCCAAACGCGCUUGUAUUCCCCCAGGCGGCAACCACGACGGCAUCGAUUCUGAUGGAACAGGUCGAUGCCAUCAGUAGCGGCAGCGCCGGUUUUAGCUGUGAAGACGGUCUACGCGGUGCCCAAGAUUGUUACCUUGAGUGUAACGAGUGCUGCAUCUGCUUGGAGCGGAAGCCGGAAGUGUCACUUCCUUGUGCUCACAGCUACUGUACACCGUGCAUCGAGCAGUGGAACAUUCACCAGAAGAAGUGUCCCAUCUGUGAUGAGGAGCUGGCCAGUACCGACGAAACUUGGGUCCUCUCGGAGAUGCCCGAGGCGGAGGAGAUCAGUGAGGAAAUCUGCGUCACGCUGAUGAAACUGUCCGUCGAUGAGCGCAAGAAGUGAAUGCAAUUGAGCUCUCUAGUUUGCAGUGGGAUGGUUCAGAGAGGAAUGAUUCUUCAUUGUUUUUCAGGGAAUGAGUACCUGCAUUGAAGUGUGUGAACCGGAAAGCGUGAUGUGAUCGAUCAGUGGCACUGGCUGCCACGGCUGUUGGGCAUUGUGAUUUGUGAUGUGUAAUUUGUAGAUUUUAUUGAUUAUUUUAAGCCAUUGUUUGAUACAGUUUACUAAUUUAAGACCUUACUAGAUUGACAUAUGAAAUCAGUUGCAAAUGAUAAUUAACGGAUAAUCGAAUAUAAUGACGAUAAAUGUUAUGAGUAAUUCAUUCUAUACACCCUACAAAUAUCUUGUAAUUUCAUGUGCUAAUGCUUGAUAAUAAAGUAUCAUGAGAAUAAAA